AUGGUGGGGGAGGUGCACAGCCUGCAGGAGCUGCGGCGCAGUGCGUCCCUGGCCACCAAGGUCUUUGUGCAGCGGGAUUACAGCGAAGGCACCACGUGCCAGUUCCAGACGAAGUUCCCCGCCGAGCUGGAGAGCCGGAUCGAGCGGCAGCUCUUCGAGGAAACUGUGAAAACCCUUAACAGCUUCUACGCCGAGGCAGAGAAGAUCGGGGGCAGCUCGUACCUGGAGGGGUGUCUGGCCUGUGCUACAGCCUAUUUCAUCUUCCUCUGCAUGGAGACACACUAUGAGAAGGUCCUGAAGAAGAUCUCCAAGUACAUCCAGGAGCAGAACGAGAAGAUCUAUGCACCGCGGGGGCUGCUGCUCACCGACCCCCUGGAGCGUGGCAUGAGGGUCGUAUCCUCUGGGCAGCAGGGAGCUGGGGGGACAACAAGGGUGAAGGAGAGUCCCUGCAGGGACUCGUACUGCCGGGACAGUGGCCUUUCCGAGCUCCGCAGGCUGCACUACCAGAGCACCCGCUUCUGA